UGUCACUCCUCACUGGCCGCAGGCAGGAUAACGAAGCCUCUCUCCCUUUCUCUCUCUCUCUCUCUCUCUAUAGCUCUGCAAUUUGGUAUCUAUGUCUUUCAACAAAUACUAGAUCUUCAUCCAAGGGUUUGAAAAUGAAUGCCAAUGGAUGCUUUCUGACUUCUGGGGGUGUUUAUACGCCCUUUGAGGCUAAUUCCAAGUCCUGCAAUUCAACAUCUGUGCGGCUUUCUCUACUGCCUUUUAGGGCAGCCUUCUCAUCAAUUAGGAACUCAUAUGCACCUCAUCACAAUCUUACUUCUUGCUUCUCCAAAGGAACUAGGUUUCUGAGUCUUUCUUCUGCAUCAUCACCUGUUAUAUGUGGGGAAUAUCGUGGUUUCUUAGAUGCUCUGCCCAAAUUACCAAGGCGAAGUAGAUUUUCUCUCUCCCCAAGAGCAUCCAAGGAUGUCCCUAAAAGUUUUCGAUACCCAGCCAUGACUAAGAAGCCAAGAUGGUGGUGGAGAACCAUAGCAUGCCUCCCUUAUUUUAUGCCCUUCCAUGAGACAUGGAUGUAUGCCGAGACUGCAUACCAUCUACACCACCAGUUGGAGGCGUUUGAAUUCUUGACCUACCCUUUUCUGCAAUCUCUAGGGAGGUUACCCAGUUGGUUUCUCAUGGCAUAUUUCUUCAUCGCUUACCUUGGAAUCGUGAGGAGAAAGGAAUGGCCCCAUUUCUUACGGUUCCAUGUGGUGAUGGGUAUGCUCUUGGAGAUCUCCCUACAAGUUAUCGGAACCAUAAGCCGUUGGAUGCCACUGUCGGUGUAUUGGGGCAAGAUUGGAAUGCAUUUCUGGACCGCUGUUGCGUUUGGUUAUCUCUUUACGGUCACGCAGUGCAUCGGGUGUGCACUUACUGGGAUGUAUGCUGAUGUUCCCUUUCUCUGUGAUGCAGCUUAUAUUCAGAUUCCUUAUGAUUAAUUACCAAAAUGAACUGUUGUACUAAGUAUUGUAUCGAACCAGGCAAUGUUUUUGCUUAUUUUGCGUAGAUGCGUUGGGCUUUCUACUGUAAAAUUUACAAUUCUAGGCAUUAUUAAAGUGUCCAUUAGGGAGAGAUUGUGACUCCAGACUCCAGAGUUCAAAUGUACUUUGGAUUUGAGAUAAUUUCAUUUUCCUGCAGUGCUGUAAUUUUGUUACUUUA